AUGGUAGAUUCUAGAUUCCAGCUCUAUGGUCACAGUCAGAAUGUCGCGAGCGUUUCUUCGACUUGCUGGAUUCGACCGGACGACGAAGAGACAUUUCGUACGAGAUCGAUCGACUGGGGUUUUGACCUGGACGAUCACCAAUCGUAGCAUAGAAAUCCCUUCCGAAGACACACGUCCGUUCGGUCUCGUUUCGUUCCACAACAUACCGAUCGACCCGUGAGCCGUCGCCACCACCACCACGGUGUAUGUAUGGGGACUACGAAUCCACCAACGAGACGAGACGGAAUGACGAUGGAAGCAACCACGGACGAGCCCAAAUGGAGUAGUGCGGCGUUGUGCAUCGAGCUCCGCUUGCUCGACCAAACCUUCCGUCCCGAGUAUACACACCAAUGCUUUCCCGGGGAACGUAUUCGUGGUUACCAACCACUACGAUCCGUGUUGCCUACCGAUCUGUAUCAUACUUCUUACGCACAACAUGAUCAAGCGUUGCGAGAAUUGGCCGUCCGAGUGACGUUGGCUCCAUCGUGUCAGACCUGUGUCGUUGAAGUGGAGACUGCUGCGAAGCGAAUGUUGCGGAGAAACUCACAACGAACGCCAACAAAACGUCACCGCACGGCCGACCAACAAGUUGCGUUAAAUACUGAGGAAGGGAACAACAGUGACGAGGACGAUCCAUCGGUCGAUGCGAGUGUCGAAAACUCGACCGAAGCGACCGAAGAAGAAACCUCUGAAUACGAAGAGGGUGACGACAGUGCCGCGGUCGUCGACCCAAACGAAGGAUCCACCAGACAGCGACGCAUGCCUGUUGCGGAUAUUCGUCAACAGCUGAGUUUGGCGCUUCCGGUACUCACCGAGACGCGAGAUUUACAGCAUUGCGCGAACGCGUUUCUACGUCGUCCGCUCGGGACAAUCGUGGAAUCCUAUACCCGGAAAGGAAUGGAAUUCGUCGUGACACUCGCGGAUGGUCGGACUCCUUCCGUAGCCGAGUUUCACCACAAUGCCCAACGACUCGCGCUAUUCUUCAUCGAAAACGCCGACGGCGUGGACGUGGCGUCUGUGGAGGAAGGACACUGGAAGGUCCUCUACGUCUUUCGAAAACAUUCGACAACCAAACAAUAUUCCCUUGUUGCCUACACCACUUUGUUUCAUUUCUCGUCACCCUUUCGCAAGCCCACACCCGGAAUUAUUGUUCGCGUUUGUCAAGUCCUCGUCUUGCCUCCCUACCAGCGGCAAGGACACGGCCGAGACAUGCUUCAAGCCGUCUACCGGUACGCACACGGCCAAUACAAGGAGUUUCCGUCGCACGGGGAGAGCCAACGAGAGUAUCAGAUUGUGCAGGUCAACGUGGAGGACCCAGCCCCGGCCUUUACGGCCUUGCGGAACCGGGUCGAUUACCAGCACGUCAAACUUCCCGAAGCAUUCCGAGCCAUGGAUGUUACGCAAACCGAUUUUUUCGGCUCGUUGCCGGAACCCCAGGCACUGGCAAUAGCGGAAGACGCCAAAGUUACGGUACGCCAAAUUCACACGGUGUACGAAAUGGAUCGUUGGCAACGUCUACAAGCGUACACGGCCAGUGCCCAGGACAACGACGCUCCACCAGCCGAGACGGCUCGCCGGGACGCACUAGAAAAAGCCUACCGUUUGCUCGUGAAACGACGGCUCAACAAGCUACACCGGGAGGAAUUGAGUGCGUUUCGGGUCAAGACUGAAAUGCAAGAUGCCUUGGCCAAGCUAUACGACGAGCAAGUGCAAGGCUAUCAAGCUAUUCUUGAAAGUUUGGAGGCCAGUCAAACAAAGGAACGUAAAAUAUAAUCCU